UAUAUUGGACAUUUUUGGAUACAGGCUACUUGUCGGGUCCGAAGAGUGAUUGAACUCGCUAUUUAUCUUAUCAACGAUCGUUCUAUCCGAACUGUGUCUGUUUGGGACACAGCUAACAGACGUGUCUGUUCGUUCCAGACAGACACCGUGAACGCACCAUAGUAGCAGGUCUCGCUCCCACGGUCACACCAUUCAUUGCGAGUAAACUGCAAGAUAGUGGAUUACAAGGGACGUGGAGCCUGGCAGGCGAAAUGUUACUACCUAGUGUUAGCUGCAUUUGAUGGGAAAAGCUAGUCUUCUGAACCCCAGCGGUCCUCUCCGUAUGCGGCUGUUUGUGCUGCUGUAGCUAACAGCGGUGGCUGCUGCUCAUUCAGCAGCUAACUUUAGCUUGUCCACAUCCGGCUCUGCUACUUAUUACCUACGUUUUCGGGAAGUUGAAGGGCCAUGGAUUUCCCCGGACACUUUGAGCAGAUUUUCCAGCAGUUAAACUAUCAGCGUGUGCAUGGUCAGCUAUGUGACUGCGUUAUCGUGGUGGGUAGCCGACAUUUCAAGGCCCACCGCUCAGUGCUGGCAGCCUGCAGCACCCACUUCAGAGCUCUGUUCACUGUCGCUGAGGGGGAUGCAAGCAUGAACAUGAUCCAACUGGACAGUGAGGUGGUGACUGCUGAGGCGUUUGCUGCUCUGGUGGACAUGAUGUACACAUCUACACUUAUGCUGGGGGAGAGCAACGUCAUGGAUAUCCUUCUUGCAGCCUCACACUUGCAUCUCAACAAUGUAGUUAAAGCCUGCAAACAUUAUCUAACCACACGCACCCUUCCCAUGUCUGCAUCAUCUGACAGACCUACACAUCAUCAUCCUCAGCAGGACCAGCAGAGGCACCGGCAGCAGCAGCAGCAGCAAGUAGCAGAGCUGGCAGUUAACCCUGCUCUAGCAGCUAAUGCUAACCUAGCAGCAAACGCCGCCAGAUCAAAGUUGCAGCGCUCCUUCCUGCUGCAGCAGCUGGGGCUUAGCCUGGUGAGCUCUGCUUUAGGUGGGAUGGAGGAGGAUGGAGUCGGCAGCAGAGUGGUGGAACAGAAAGCCUCCUUUCCAAUCCGACGCUUUCACAAACGUAAGUCAUCGCUUGCCCUGAGCCUGUCAGAGGACAGAAGCAGGCAGAGGCAGCGGCCCACAGCUCCUCCUCUGGGGCUGUUGGGAGAGGAGCGUGUGAACACAGCAGGAGAAGAAGGAGCACUGCUCUCUCCAGACUCCCACAAGAUGGGAGAUGAGUCUAAGGUGGAUCCAAUUAGUGGCCUGGUAGGGGUCUCCCAAGAUGAUCCUCAAAUGCCAAGCCAGUCAGACAGCGGACAUUGUGAAGGGGAGGACUUGGGGCGAAUGCAAACAGGAGUAAGCAAAGAGGAGGACAUGGAGGACCAGGAGCCGCAGGACAACAGAGCAGAGGUGAAAAUAAAACUGGGAACAGAGGAGGAUGAGAUGGAGGAACAGGAACAAAAGGUGGUGGUUAAACGGGAGCCUCUGAGUUCUCCCGAACCCACCGAUGAAAUCAGCGAUGUGACAUCACAGGCUGAAGGCAGCGACCCAGCAGAGCCAGGAGGCCAAGAGGAAGAGGAGAAGGUGGAGCUGAGCCCAGAGAGCAGCGAUCGCAGCUUCACGUCGGAACCCCAGCCCAGCUCUGACUCCCUGCUUCAGCCCAGUUCACAGCUCCUCCUCAAGAACAGCAUCACAGGAGGCAGCACCAUGGUUAGAGGAGCCUUCAGCUGUAAUAAUGGACUGAACAGCAAACCUGGUUUUAGUAUUUCAAGCUUCCUUGGCUCAAAAGAUUUUGGAAGCGGUGGUGCAGGACUGGUUGCUGGAGAGGAUGACCUUCCUAACACCACAACAGGAGACACAGUGGCACAUCACUUCCUUCUUAGACAGGAUGCUGCUGGGCCAUCUGGCUCUGCCUCUUCCUCCCUUUUGCAGUCAGGUCCCCUCAGUGGAGAAAAUCGCAGUAGUUUUGGAGAAAACUUACAGUCUGAUUCACUGUUCCUUCGCCCCAUGCAUGACAGUCUGGGAAACCCUAGAGGAGCUGGAGGAAGUGGUGGUGGAGGCCAUGGCGGCGUAGAUCCGUUUGGUUUGGAUUUCCAGCAUUCAAGUCUUGGACUGCACGCCCUGGGGCGACCAUCACGAGGUGGUGGAGGGGCGACCUCCACCGCUCUGGGAUAUCCAGGCUACAGACGUAUUGCUCCAAAAAUGACAGGCGGUAUGGUUGGAGAGGAAGGAGUUGGUGGUGUGCUCCAAGAUGCUGCCUCGUCAUCUUCAAGUCUAACAAGUCCACUGCUUCUCAACGAGAGCGGGGGGUAUGAGAUGAACAGCGGCCGGCCCACCUCCCUCCCCCCUCAGCUGACCAGAGCUUCAGCAGACGUCUUGUCCAAGUGUAAGAAGGCGCUGUCUGAACACAACGUCCUGGUGGUGGAGGGAGCUCGGAAAUACGCUUGUAAAAUCUGCUGCAAGACCUUCCUCACCCUCACUGACUGCAAGAAACACAUCCGAGUUCACACAGGAGAGAAGCCCUACGCCUGCCUCAAGUGUGGAAAACGCUUCAGCCAGUCAUCACACCUGUACAAGCAUUCCAAGACCACUUGUCUCCGCUGGCAGAACAGUAACAUGUCCAACGCACUACUGUAGGACCAGCAGGAGGGUGUCGGAGUGGAGGGGGGUGGAUUCAAAUCAGUCAGAAGCUAAAUCUGAUCAUGUUUGAGUAUUCAGUGCCAGUGUUUUCAUGGUGUAGAGUCCCAAAAUUGUUAAGAUUUUUCUUAAGCAGAUCUGAGCAGUUCUGUCCAAACUGAGUAGUUCUGAUCACAGACCAAAGAAAGGGAUGAAAAUGUCUCUGUACAAUGGAUUUAGUGAGUGCAAAACAGUAAAAGAUACAUUAUUUGACUUGCCUCAAGGCAAAAGGUAUGCAGGACAUUCAGUGAGUCUAUAGAGUGUAACAAGAAUCCUGGGUAGGGUUAUAUAGAAAGACCUGUUCAAACUUUACAUAUAAAUGUUGGAUCUGAUACUUACAGAGCUAAACCUGCCACACUAUAGGUCAGUGUUUUUCAACGGGGGUGUCACCGACCCCCAGGGAGCGUUGGAACAUUGUCGGGGGGCAUUUGGAAGGACAAAGCUGAGAGGGGGGCGCUGAGGCACAAAUGGGGGGCCCAGGGCCAGGUGGCCCUGAUGAUGUAAGGGGGCAUUUUUUCAAAAAAGGUUGAGAAUCACUGCUAUAGGUCAAAUCAUUUUUUAGGCCUUAUUUUUACACCAGAUUGUCAAAAUGAUCACUGGACACUUUAAAGCAGUGUCUGACUUUCAUCACAAAUUUUUUUUUCACAUUUGUAAAACCCCAGUGAUAUCCUAAUUAUCACUAAUUCAUUAGUCUUUCUGUGCUUAUGCACCUGAAUCA